AUGGCCGAGGCUGAAGCAUUGAAGAGUAUGGUGAUGAGUUUUCGAGUUUCGGAACUGCAGAUGUUAUUAGGUUUUGCUGGUCGUAACAAAUCUGGAAGAAAGACUGAACUUCAGGCUCGGGCAGUGGAGCUUUUGCGAAUGCGCUCCACCCCCGUUGAAAUGAAAAUUAAGGAACUAUACAAAACAAUUCACCAAGCACACACUACCGGAGCAACUAUGCAGCCCUCAGCACCCUCAGCUAAAGACAUUCCCAGUGUGCAUAGUUCGAGUGCAAUGCAGCAGCAAUCUGCGCCUAGAAGUAAUGUAUAUAACCCCGGUGGCUACGCUACAGAUAGGCCUUUGCCACCUCCCACAACUGGUAUGUACGCUUCCAGUAUUUAUCAUCACCCUUCGUAUCAACAUAAAACUUCACCGCCAGUCUAUAGCAGUUAUCCUGUUCAUCCAGAUGUGAAACUGAAGAGGUUACCUUUCUUUGAUUUGCUGGGAGAAUUGUUAAAACCGUCUACUUUAGCUCCCCAGGGGUCACAAAGUUUACAAGAGGGUGGUUUUGUAUUUCAUCUGACACCCCAACAAGCCACAGAUAUUGGCACGUCCAGAGAACUGAGACCUGGUUGUAAAAUGGAGUAUGUUAUUCAGGUUCAAAUGAGAUUUUGUUUAAUUGAAUCGUCAUGUGAACAAGAAGACUGUUACCCCCAAGGAAUAGCUGUUAAAGUGAAUGGAAAAGUAUGCCCUCUACCUAACCCUAUACCGACCAAUAAGCCAGGUGUUGAACCAAAGAGACCUCCAAGACCUGUGAACAUAACUCAUAUGGUUCGUCUUAGCCCUACUGUGCCAAAUCAUGUGACUGUGUCUUGGAAUGUAGAAUAUGGAAAAGCAUAUGCUGUAGCAAUAUAUUUAGUUCGUAAAUUAUCAUCUUCAGAACUUUUACAAAGGUUGAAGCAACGUGGUGUUCGACCACCAGACUAUACCAGAGGUCUAAUCAAAGAAAAGCUUCAAGAAGACAUUGAUUGUGAAAUAGCCACUACAUCUCUGAGAGUCUCCCUGAUGUGUCCUCUAGGGAAAAUGCGUAUGACAACACCUUGUAAAGCAACAUCAUGCUAUCAUUUGCAGUGUUUUGAUGCAUCAUUGUAUCUUCAAAUGAAUGAAAGGAAACCUACAUGGAUGUGCCCUGUUUGUGACAAACCUGCAAUAUUUGAUAAUCUUGUGAUUGAUGGCUAUUUUCAGCAGGUUUUAGAUUCUGGAAAACUUAAAGAUUGCAAUGAAGUUCAACUUCAUCAGGACGGAUCAUGGUCAUCUUUAAUAAUUAAAAAGGAACAAACACAAGAACUUUCUCUGGCUGACAAAUCUCUAGUUAAGGUAGAACUAGAUGAUGUGGUUGUUAUUCCUGAACCUAAGGAGCAAGUAAUUGCAGAACAGCCCCCACCUCCCCCAGCACCAAAGAAAGAACCUACAGUUAUUGACUUAACAUUCAGUGAUUCUGAUGAUGGAUCCGAUAGUGUAAAGGAAGUGAGUCUUGUUAAGACUUGA